GAAGAGAAGAGAAGAGAAGAGAAGAGGGAAAGCAGCUAUGGCCAUAAAUAAAUUUAAACUCGCUAUAGGUUUUAUAGUAGCAGGUGUUAUAACUGUGUCUUUCGGCUUGGUGCUUCUUUUUGUUGGACCUUUAAUUAUCGACGACCAGAUAGUAAAGAACACUGUGAUCGACCCAAGCAAUGACCUGUCCUACACCAUGUGGAAGGAUAUCCCCGUUCCCUUCUUCAUGUCCGUCUACUUCUUCAACGUCCUGAACCCGAAGGAGAUCCUGAACGGAGAGAAGCCCAUGGUGGAGCAGAGAGGGCCUUAUGUGUACAGAAAACGCUGUCAGAAAGACAACAUCACAUUUCACCCCAACGAUACAGUGUCGUACAGAGAAUACAGACAGUACUACUUCGAGCCUUCGAUGUCUGUAGGCAACGAGUCGGACGUGGUCACCAUUCCUAACAUGUUGGUCCUGGGUGCAGCCGUGAUGAUGGAAAACCUGCCCUAUGCUGUCCGUUUAAUGAUCAGCGCCACCUUCAAGACUUUCAACGAGGGGCCCUUCCUCACCAAAACAGUAGGAGAGCUGAUGUGGGGUUAUGACAGCGGACUGGUUGAUUUCCUCAAUAAAUACCUUCCCGGCAUGCUGCCCUCCACGGGGAAGUUUGGCCUCUUUGCUGAGUUUAACAACUCCAACACCGGCCUGUUCACCAUCUUCACCGGAAAAGAUAACAUCAGGAACGUCCAUAAAGUCGACUCCUGGAACGGGCUGACGGAGCUGGACUACUGGAGGUCCCACCAGAGCAACAUGAUCAAUGGAACAGCUGGACAGAUGUGGCCUCCAUUCAUGACCAAAGAAAGCACUUUACCUUUCUACAGCCCUGACGCCUGCAGAUCUAUGGAGCUCGUUUACCAGCGUCCUGGUAAUUUCAAAGGUGUCCCUCUGUAUCGAUACGUUGCACCCAAGACGCUGUUCGCCAACGGGACCGACUACGCUCCCAAUGAAGGCUUCUGCCCCUGUAGACAGUCUGGCCUGUUGAAUGUCAGCAGCUGCCGUCACAACUCUCCGGUCUUCAUCUCUCAUCCUCACUUCUAUAAUGCUGAUCCUGUGCUGCUGGACUACGUGCAGGGCCUCAGUCCCAAUGAAGACCAGCAUGGCCUCUUCAUCGACAUCCACCCAUGGGUGAGGGGUCACUUCUGCUGCUUUUAUAACUGA